AUGCAGCUUUCUUCGUUGUUUCCCACUCUUCUGUUGGUGGCUUGCGCAAAGGCAAUUCCCACGGAUGACAACAUUGCCAAAACCCCGGCUGACGGGCAAUCAGAUGCUGGGCCUGUUAAUGUCCCCGCACUCGAGUCACUGGCCGAUGCCAAGAUGGAAGCCAGCUCUAGCUGCAGCGGGUGGAACGACUGGUACGGUACCGGCAGGUGGACAUACACUGAAGUUCAAUUCUGCUUCUACCAACGUUCCGACUCAACCGUCGCCGUUGUAAACCAACGAGAGGCUCAAUACUACUGGGGUGCUGCCUGGUAUUACGCGAGAAACUACCCUUUUUCCUGGAACAUCGAGGGAACUAUAGUCACUCAAUCAGAUUUCGAAGGGUCCGGCGAUGGAUCUGGGCCUACUCAGUACUACGUCUUCACCGAGAAGGUGCCCGCUGGCACUUACUCAGUCUCUGUUAAUUAUCACCAAGUUGGUCCUUACUGGGAGGCCGACGCUGCCAUCAAUGAGAGUGCUCAGUUCAGUAUUGUGCUUGGAUCCUAA